AUGAGACCGGAUUGCAUGUCCGAUCGAAAACCCGGCUGUGUUAAGAAAAGGGCCGGAGAGGGGGUCCAAUGCUGGGACCCGGCACAGGAGCCACCCAGCUUUUUAUUGAACUUCAAGUGCUCGGCUGCCCAUGGCGAUUCACGUUCGAAACGGGACUUGAAAAUGGCGGAUCGGCAAGCGACCACGGUGAGAGCAGCGGCGCCAGGUCCAUCGGGCUCGUUUGCGGACUUGACGGCCACGGCCAGGGAGGCAACGUCGAUGACGACGAGGAGUGUGCUCGAUCUCGCACACUUAACAUCUCAACACACUUAUCUCUACUGCAACACUUCUCCCCGCUCUCAAGUUGCCUUCACCCUCGCUCGACGCGCCGUGUCCACUAACGAAACAUCCCGCCCGCUCCACGAGCGAAAUAGCCGAACCACGCCUGAAUGGCGAAUGCUCAUUGACAUACGCCAACCCCGUCGCGGGCGAGCGGACCACGGCAUCAGGUCUGGGCGAGUGCGUGCCCUCGUCAAAAUUGGUCCCGACUAA